CCCUUGUCCACCUGGCUAGAAUCUUGGGCAUUUACGAUGGAGAUUUAGCCGCCGGAAUCUCAGGCGCUUGUUGGACCACCACGAAGUUUUCGAUUCGCCCACGAAACCGCUAAGGCAGACUCAUGGCUGUGUCUGAACCACGGUCACCCUCGAUCUCGGAGCAUUUUUCACAUGCCUGUCAACGCCAUCGUAGCUCCUACAGCAUGCAAGUUUGAGUUUGGGGUAUGGCUCAGCGAGGUGAAGGUAUCAAUUGUCCAAACAGCAUUUUCAACGACACAAAGGCCACGGGCAAACAUCGAGGGCUUGAUAUUUUAUCACUGAUCGAGUAUGCUUUGGUGUAUGCCCAGCAGUGAAGUUAACCGUCCUUCUCUUCAAACGUCCAAGGUCUCCGCCCAGAGCCUGAGGAGGUCAGCAAAGACUGGUAGCAGUCCGUCAAUAGUUCGGCUGCACGAAUCGCAUAAUCCAUACCCCAGUGCUUGCAACGGUCCGCCAGCCGACCCCUGGAGGAAACAAGGAUUGCAAGCUACCUUCAAAGGGCACGUACAAAUGGCCUCUCCAAGUAGCCAGGUACCGUCUGGAAGAUCGAACUCCCAAUCUCGCAGGGUCCAGAAGUCACCGAAUCCGUCAAAGAAAGACAAAGUGCGACAGGGAAGGUUGAUACGUUGUUGGACUGAUGCAGAGGAGUUGUUCCUGAUUCGAAGUCGGAACCACAAGCUACCCUACAAAGAGAUCGCGAAUCGGUUGGAAAAGUCGGAGCUUGCAUGCCGUCUCCAUCACCACCACAUGACAGUGGGUCGGAAAGGACAUCGAGUCGAAGACCUUGACGAGGAUGAGGACGACUCGGACGUUAUCAGCAGGAGUCCGUCAACACCCCCGACGCAGUUCGAAGCAGGUCCGUCAACGCAAGGAUCGCCUCGCCCCGGCGUCGGUGAAAGACGCAGUUUGCCGGUGCGAAAUGCAGGGCAAUCCUGCACACUGCCAAACUUCCAAAGCUUUAUACGGGAUACUUUCCACCAUCGAAGUAUUUCGUCACCAGAUCUGACUACGAAUAUGGUCCUUAGCUCUCCAGACCCGCACGGUGGAAAGGUGCCAGAUCUCAGCCGCGGCGCGAGAACAUUGUCAGGCACUUUUGUCAAAGAGAAUAAGACUGCUCGUGCGACGCAUGCUCCGCAAAGGGCGACAGUUCACCUGCCACUGCCACCAUCACAGACCAACAGUUAUCCUUUUAACGACCAGGCCAAUGAUUUGUGGGACUUCCAGUCGGGAAGGGCAGCUGGUCCCAGAUUCGCAAUCACCACAUCGCCAGGUGCUUGGACAGGAGACAGUGUGCGCUUCACAGCACUACCAGACCCGUAUAUAGCACCAACCUUGCAUGCGUCAUAUCCACCAAGCCGCGAAUAUGGCACCCUGGACUAUCGAGACCGCAGAUCCGAGCCUUAUCAUCAGCAUUUUAUCUCAAAAGAAGAAAAGAGCAGGAGUACCAAAAGGAAUCACUGACAUGGCCUCCCAGGCCUUGCGCUUGGCGACCUGGCCACGACAUGGACGUCACAACUAAAGAGACAGCAGUCUUACGAGGCACUGGUCUAGGAGACUUGCUGGUGAUCAUGGAAUUUCUUAUACGUUAACGACUAUAACCCAACCGACUUGGGCGUGGUUGUCUCAUCAAGAGCGACCAUGCUCUCCCGAUAAUCUGUGUCAAUCACCCGUGGCAUUUGUUCCCAGCAUGAUGCUGUUGCAUUGUGGUUGACA